UCUGAGAUCGUCAUUCCGUCAUGUUCCAAAUCCGACCCAAGUUAGUUCUCCAUGAUAAGCUUCCUCGACGCGUUGCCGCUUCCGGCGCUCUUCGACUGGGCAUGGACGUUUAUCCAACCAGAGUACGAACUCUUUCGGCUCGUGAAGAAAGGAGAUCACGCCUCGGUCGCUGCAUACCUCCUUCAACAUUCGACAGAACAGAUUCAAGCAGCGGCGGCGUACACCGACAGUGCCGGGCGAUCACCUCUCAUCGCGUCGUGCCGCGAAGGGCACGUGGAAUGCCUCCAUCUAAUGCUCCAACAUCCUGUCCUUCACGCGAUGUUUGCUAUGCAUGCGGAUGGAAAUGGCAACACCCUUCUCCAUCAUGCAUGCUUUCAAGGACACCCCGAAGUCGUGCGCUACCUGCUUCAGCAAAACGUCGUCGCGAGUCGGUUGAACCACAGAUUCCAGUCCCCGCUCGAUGUCGCUCGCGCUGGUUACUAUGACGAGGAAGAGUUAGCGCCGAGUCGAUUCCUCACGUGCGUCGACAUGCUGGAACAGCGAUGCACCAUAUUUGAAGGGUGGGUUUACGAAAGCACCGACAACAUUGCUUCCAACAUCCUAGGGACGUCCUCAUUGCAGUCCUGGAAACGUCGUUACUGCGUCGUCCUCGAGACCGCGCUGCGGUCACAUGUCGAGAUGGUGUUGUACGGGUACACAGGUCAAAAGGGACACCCGACCGACUGGACCCGAUCACGCACCCCCUGCUCGCUUGUCCUCGCCCGUCUCGACGACGCGAUCUCGUUCCAUAGCAAGCAAAAGAUCUUCAACAGCAAGCAGUUUGCGUUCUCACUGCCGUGCCGCAAGAAAUGCAUGGAGAAUCCCGUCACGGACGUCCACAGCGUCGGCACCUUUGCGUCGAUGGAGUUUGCGGCAGUGGACGCAUUGGGCUACGAAGCGUGGAGCACUUUCUUUGUCCAACGAACGUCGUCGACCACUCAACCACUGACGAUUCCAGUGGUCGCCCGCCCACCUGCAGCCGCCGCACCCUACCAGCCAAGUGCACCAUCUAUCGAGUCGAUCCAUUUCGAAGAAAUUGUACAGCCCGCCGCGGCAUCCGUCACGGUAAGCGCACCGAGCGCGCGGUCAACACCGAGCUCUGCAAUCACGGAGCAGCCCAAGUCAGCGACACAAACGGACGAGUGUGUGGUUUGCUUCGACGGUCCUAUCGAAGCUGUGUGUGUUCCGUGCGGCCACCAUGCCAUGUGCAUGGACUGCGCCAGCACUGUCAUCGACUCUGGCGCUGAAUGCCCAGUGUGCCGGGCAACCCUUCGAGAAGUCAUCAAAUUGUAUCGUGCCUAAGUCUGCCAUCUAUUCGACCCAUCCCAAUGUGCGAGUGACACCGAUGGAGCGUUCACAUGGAAUGUGGCGCCAGGGCCAUGAAGAACUUGACAACGCGGCGAUGCCUUUCUCGGAGACUUCGUCCAACCAACCAGAACGGUUGACGCAACGAUCCAUGAGCUGCUAACGCCAUGCACUCAUGUCACCGAACUUUGCAGUCAACUUCGUUGAAGGUGCGACGAGAGUUAAAUAUUGGAAAGCACUCGAGCGUCGCUCGGCUGCGAUUACACGCCGACCUUGGUCGAUAUCGGCUCGCGGCAGUACGGACAUGACCCGAAGAUCGUCCCGAACGACUUGCGCGAGGUUGGAAUUGCCUGCAGCCAUUCGAGCAAGCACGAGUCAUGGAACGACCGCGCGCAGUUCUUGGAGUCGCAGACGCGGUUUGGGAUCUGGCUGUCGAGCCGAUGGGUGUAGCAGAUGCCGCACUCCUGGGCAAACGUUUCCUUGGCUGCAGUGCGGCGCGACGGAAAGCGAAUUUGUAGAAUGCGUUCGAGGUUCUUCCGAAGCUUGUCCGUGGCCUUCCACUUGGACAGGUUCUGGUACAUGGUCUCGCGCAACGGACCGACGGACGCGUCGUUGCCGAACCAGAUGACGUCGACGACGGCGCGGGGAGCAGCCGGGUCCAGUACUUCAAAUUGAAUCGAUACGGACGGCUGGAGGGCCAGACGGCGCCGUUUGCAGCCACGAGUUGGUCGCUCGGGUUCGAGAACGCAGCACUUCUUGUCGAUGUCGUCGAGGACGUCCCAAAAGUCUUGAAACUUCUCCAAGUGCGCUUGAACCUACACGAGAUAUGCAUGC